CGCGUAUGUACGCACACCAGACCGAAUAAAAGGGAAAAAAGUCGGUCGGCCAUAUUGUACUUGGUAGUUCUUCUUCUUUUUCUAAAACUUGAACAAAGUUACUCUACAGCAAGAGAGCAGUGAAAAAAAACAGUGGCAAAAGUUGUAAAAGCCGUGUGUCAGCAAUCUCAACGUACAAUCAAUUGAAACAAAUCAAAAUUCAAAUUGAAUUCAAUUGAAAUUAUAUUCAAUAAAACAAGUGUAUUUUAUACAUUCCAAAUAAGUGAAAAUCUAUAAAAAAAAAUUGAGAAGUAAUCCGAACGGGCAACAGUUUUUUUUAACAUAAAAUCAUUAAAAAUGGGUGACUAUUCAUCUCUCGGACAACAAUCACAGAACUUUAGCCAAUCGACAGCAUUUGCUGCUGCGCUACAACGAGCAAAACAGAUUGCAGCCAAAAUUCAUCCCAGUGCUGGUGGAAAUGCGAAUAAUAAUAUGGGAAGUGGUGGUGGUGGCGGCGGCGGCGGUGGUAUGGUCGGUCUAGGAAAACGUUCUAUUGACUCAGAUGGAUCAGAGCCCGAAUGUAAGAAGAUAAACACCGGAUACCAGUCGCCAAACUCAAAUAUGCCAGCAAUGCAGGCCGUCCAACAAGUAAGUGCUGCAGCAGUGGCGGCAAGACUUGCACAAAGUAUUGGACAUUCGGUCAAUGAAGAAGUUAAAGUUCCAGAAAAAGUGGCACCAAUUCUUAGCGGACGAUGUGGCAACGAUGACGAUUUGAAAAACAUCCAAGCACAAUCAAACUGCAAAAUCACAUUCUCCAGAGAUUCAGAUCGAAUUUGCACUUUGAAUGGUCAAAAGGAAUCGGUGAACCAUGCCAAAGAUUUAAUAAAUAAAUUAUGCAACGAACACAAUGCUGGUGGCAGUGUUGAAACGAUUAGUUGUAUUUUGGUGCCACCAGCUGGCGCAAAUGGCUAUCCACCGUAUCAAGAAAUUAUGGUUCCAGGCUCAAAAGUCGGUUUGGUCAUUGGCAAAGGUGGCGAAACAAUAAAAAUGCUUCAAGAGAAAACCGGCGCAAAAAUGGUCAUCAUUCAGGAUGGUCCCGGACAAGAACUCGAAAAACCAUUAAGGAUCUCCGGCGAACCGGCAAAAGUUGAUCAUGCCAAACAGCUUGUGUUUGACUUGAUUUUAGAUAAAGAUGCAUUCAACAGUAAUAGUCGUCCAAAUUUCAAUUCGGGUAAUGGCGCACCGGCGGGCGGUGAACAAGCCGAAGUGUUUGUGCCAAAAACGGCUGUUGGUGUGGUAAUUGGCAAAGGUGGCGAAAUGAUUAAGAAAAUACAAGGCGAAACUGGCUGCAAAUUGCAGUUCAUUCAAGGCAAAGGCGACGGACCCGGCGAUCGUCGUUGUAUUAUUUCAGGUACAAAACAACAAGUUGAAGACGCAAAGCGAACAAUUGAAGAGCUUAUCGAAAGUGUUAUGCGAAGUAAUCAAAACAACCAGAAUCGCAACAAUCCAAAUCAAAAUAUGACAAACAGUAACUAUGGAUAUGGUACAGAUGCAAGUCAACAGCCAAUGCGCGAAGAGGUAUCAUUUGCCGUUCCGGCAUCAAAAUGUGGCAUUGUCAUUGGACGUGGUGGCGAAACAAUUAAAUUAAUCAAUCAACAAUCGGGUGCAUUCUGUGAAAUGGACCGAAGCGCAAUCAAUCCACCAAAUGAAAAAAUGUUUAAAAUGCGCGGCACAGCUGAACAAAUUGAGCACGCUCGCCAAUUAAUUUCCGAAAAAAUCGGCGUUGAAAUUAAUAUUUUGAGUACACGACAAAUUGGUGGUGGCGGAGCCGGUGGUAAUUCAGGACAAUAUGGAAUGCAACCAAAUAAUCCAGCAAAUAUGUACAAUCAACAACAGCAGCAGCAACAACAACAACAGCAAUGGGGUGGCUAUCAACAGAUGUGGGAUCAAUCUCAACAACAAAUGGCAGUUGGCGCAGGUGCACCAGACUAUUCAGCACAAUGGAUCGAAUAUUAUAAGUCAAUUGGGCUACAUCGUGAGGCCGAAAUGAUUGAAUCACAAUUGAAAAUGAAACAAGGUGGUGGUCAAAUGGCUAUGCCAUCAGCAAAUGGCAAUGCUCAGUCAAUGGCCGUGGCUUCGGCACAGCAACAAGCUCAAGUUGGUAGCGGUCAGCAAGACUACAGCAAACAAUGGGCUGAAUAUUACAGAAGCAUUGGUAAAAUGGAUGAAGCCGAAGCUAUUGAAAACCAGAUUAAAACAAAGGGCCCAACUGGACAAUCACCAUCAAAUGUACCAGGACAAAAUGCUACAUCAAAUAGCGUGCCCAAUUAUCCGGGGGCUCAACAACCGAUGGCAGGAAACUAUAAUCAAUAUGCUCAAUACUAUGCUGGAGCGACGGCAAAUCAAGGUAAUUAUGGUGCUGGCCAGCCAUACAAUGCAUAUGGAGCCGCUUAUCCGGGUCAACAGCAGCCACCAAAUCAGGCACAGUCUCAACCUACCAACGAAAAGAAAUAAAUAUUCUCUACUCAACUCUCCGGUCGCAUGCUGUGCUCAUCAUCAAUUGGGCUUAUUGGCGUACACAACAUACGAAAAUACUUUACGAUCUAUAUUAUCUGUGUAAUCAAAG